AUGACCGAAGAAGCUGAUCUCAAAAAUGAGCAGAAAGAAGAUGAAAGUCGACAAAUUUUGAAGUUUUCCACCACAAGAACUAAUUUAUCACAAGACUUCGGGUAACUUUUGAGCUCUUGAUCUAUUUUUAUGAUUUAAUGUUUUUUUGUAGAAAAUAUGAAACUCGACUUUUGCUUAUCACUCAAUUGGGUUAUAUUCCAGUUGCCGCUUCUAUGCUAUUAUCCACUUUUGCAGAACCAUCAGAGGUGAUUUUUGAUUUUUAGAUUUUGAAAAAUUGCGUGGGAAACUGGUCGUUUUUUCAAAAAAAAUUCUAUUCGAUAUUAAAAAAAAACAAUUUGAAUUUACAAGGGAUCUUUGAAAAUUUUUACUUCCUGAAGUGAUCAGAUUUCGUUGCAAGAUUUUGAUAGGAAGUUCAACAUUUUACUGACAUUCUCAUCGUGAAAGCAAAAGAUAUUUCCAGGAAUACUGCAAGUAUCUCAACUCCACAAAUCCACCUAAAAACUGGAAAACCAAUGAUUUCUUCUCACUCAGCAUGGAAUACGGAUUUUUCUGUGAUUCAUCAUCAAUCACAACACUCCUCUCAAGUUUGUUAAUGUGGGGUGCUUUGAUUGGCUCAUUUUGUUGUGGAUUUGUUUCUGAUUACGUUGGUAGAAAACCAGUAUUCACAGGUAACAACAUAUCAUAUGAGUUCAGCUAACUAACAUUAUGUUUUGUUCAGGGUGUCUUGCAAUGAUUUCAUUGCUAAAUGGUGUUUUGUGUUUCUCAAAUUUUCUAACGGUGUAUAUUAUCGGUUUCAUUUUAUUGAUGUUGGGAUUUUUCUCUGGUGGUUAUAUGGUUUGUUUCACUUGAUUUCAUGAUUUCAUUUAAAUGUGUAUCGUAUUAUUUGAAUCAUCUUAUUUCAGGUUACAAAUUUCGUAAUUUUGACUGAAGCAUUUGAACUUCCAAGAUCUCGACUACUUGUUGUAUCAUUAAACGGAUGGAGUUUUUCUAUGGUCAGUUUUUGAAAUAUUUAUUAAUUUCAAAAAUCACGUAGAAAUAUUUCAGAUCACAACAGCAUUUAUUGCAUGGUCGGUUCUUCAUUGGUUGCCAUAUCAUGCAACUAUUUCUGUUAUCGCAUUUUUUAUGACGAUUAUUGCUGUAUGUUUAUUUUCCUGACAUUCAAAAGACAAUCAUUCACAUUUGAAAAAUAAGAAAUUAACUAGAAAAUUUUCAGAAAUCAUUCUCUUUCGAAAGUUGUCGAUGGUUGUCUUCAAAUGGCAAUUAUCAUUCUGCAAAAGAAAAUGCAAUAAGUAUUCGAAGUCUGAAUGGUUCAAGUUUAGAAAUUGAUGAUACAUCAGAAAUGGAAUGGUUUGAGGUGCUCGGUUUUUCCAAGCCAAUUCAUAUAAACCAUGGAAAACGAUUUAUUGCGCUGUUCAAAGAUCCGGAAUUGUUGAAGCCUACCGUAGUCAUGUUUUAUUGUUUUCUCGCGUCGUCAAUCGUUUCAUUUGGUUUUUAUUUUUCAUUAGAUGUUCUGCCAGGAAAUCGUUUUAUGAAUCUUGCGUUUAUGGGACUUUUCAAAUUUAUAUUGGGAUUCACUCCCUUCUUGUUAUCAACAUAUAUGACAAAACGUAAUAUUGUGAUUCUUUCAAUCUCAAUUUGUUGUGUUGCAGCGGUUAUUAUUGUUCCACUGUAAGUUUAAAACUUUUAUUGAAGGAGACAAAGUGAUAAAAUUUUUUCAUACAGUCAAAUAGUGAACAUAUCAUUUCUAAACUUCCUGAUAAGCGUGAUGUCAUUGAUUGUUGCUGCUGGUAUGGAUCCCACCUGGAAAAUCAAUCACCUUUACUCUGCUGAACUUUUCCCAACAUCAGUUAGAAGUAUGGGCAGAGGUGUUUGUAAUGCUGGAGGUAGACUUGGUUCGGUUAUUGCACCAAUGGUAACAUUCCUUCGAACAUUUGAUCCGGUUUAUCCAAGCGCAAUUUUCUGUAUUCUUCUCAUCAUUCAGGUAUGAGUUUAUAGAGUUAUUCUUGAUUUUUAAAUGAAAACGUGAAUUUUCCAGAUGACUGUUGUCGUUUUGUUCCUUCCAAACGACAAUGAUGAACGAGCUAAUGAAAUGGAUGAAGAAUGA